GCCGUGGGCGGGAACCCGCGGGCGGGCUGGGAGGCGCGCAAUGCCGCGGGACUGCGGCUCCGGGGGUGGGGGCUUCACGGUGCUCCACGAGCCUCACUCGGGCCUAGUCCCAUGAGGCCUGCGCACCCCGGGACUGAAACCAGGAGUCGGCGCAGGACCACCAUUCUACCGGCCCGUGACGGAGACAGAGCGUGAGACGCGGCGGGGCUCGGGGCAUCUGAGGGCUCUCUCGGGGCGUCGGGCUCAGGGCCGCCACCGCCACCUCGGCUCCUGCGGGCGCCGUCGCCUCUCCCGCCCACCCCUCGCCAUGUCCGAGGAGCUUUCGGCGGCCACGUCCUACACGGAGGACGAUUUCUACUGCCCCGUCUGUCAGGAGGUGCUCAAGACGCCGGUGCGGACCGCGGCCUGUCAGCACGUUUUCUGUAGAAAAUGUUUCCUGACUGCAAUGAGAGAAAGUGGAAUACAUUGUCCCCUAUGUCGUGGAAGCGUGACUAGAAGAGAAAGAGCAUGUCCGGAACGGGCCUUAGAUCUUGAAAAUAUCAUGAGGAGGUUUUCUGGUAGCUGCAGAUGCUGUUCAAAAAAGAUUAAAUUCUAUCGCAUGAGACAUCAUUACAAAUCUUGUAAGAAGUAUCAGGAUGAAUAUGGUGUUUCUUCUGUCAUUCCAAACUUUAAGAUUUCUCAAGAUUCAGUAAGGAACAGUAAUAGGAGUGAAACAUCUGCAUCUGAUAACACAGAAACUUAUCAAGAGGAUACAAGUUCUUCUGGGCAUCCCACCUUUAAGUGUCCCUUAUGUCAAGAGUCAAAUUUCACCAGACAACGUUUAUUGGAUCACUGUAAUAGUAACCACCUAUUUCAGAUAGUUCCUGUGACAUGUCCUAUUUGUGUGUCUCUUCCUUGGGGAGAUCCUAGCCAGAUUACUAGAAAUUUCGUUAGUCAUCUAAAUCAAAGACAUCAGUUUGAUUAUGGAGAAUUUGUGAAUCUUCAGCUAGAUGAGGAAACCCAAUAUCAAACUGCUGUGGAAGAGUCUUUUCAAGUAAACAUGUGAUGUGUAUAGACAUCUUUGCCUCCUUGCAACCUACAAGUGCCAUCUUUAAGGAGAAGACAUGAAGUCACCGUUUUUAGUAAUUUGCUGUGCAUAUUAAUAAAAAUAACAAUUCAGUCUACUGUAUUAGGUUUUUAAUUGAAAAUAAAGGUGGGCCACCCUAAUUCCAUUCUCUAGACAGUUACUUUAACAGCAUGGAAAGGGUUGUGUUUUACUUGUGUGGUGAAAAGGGAAUCUCUGUUGUCUUUUUCUUUCUUGUGUUACAUAUUCUGAAUGUUUCAUUAAGUUGUUUUUGCUAUAGUUCCUUCUAUUUAGUACAGAGAUAACAGCAAAUUCUGAAUGAUGUGAUUCCUAUAAAACCAAUAAACCUGAGCCAUUUGUCAGAA